AUGCCUCCAAUGAAAGCGCCGCGGCGUCUGUUUAGCGAGCUCUUACGGCUCUCGACCCGGCGGCCCGUCCCUCUCAGUCCUCCUCGGCCGGGAUGCCUCCUCUCCCACGCCUCUGCUUGCUCAGCACACCCCCGACCGACAUCCGCCUCACCCACCUCCUACUCCCCAUCCCCCCCUUCCUCCUCCUUCUCGACACGCUCGAUCAGGGGCCGUGAGAGCCAGGACCAACUACGGCAUCACCCAAGUACACGACCAAGCGCCGGACGCGAACACCCCCCACGCCGCAAGGGCCCGGCCACCGUUCGCACUCUGCUCGCUAGUGGCGGUCUCCUCUCCCUCUUCGUCGGCCUCUCGGAGCCCUUCCACCUCCUCCACGAAGACGACGCGGUGGAUGCCUCCGCUCCGGCAGCCGUCCCCGACGACCGUGACCCGUCCCUCCCCCGCUUCACUCUCUCCGAGGUCCGCAAGCACGAUGCCAAGUCCAAGAGCCCCUGGGUAACACAGGGCGACAAGGUCUACGACAUAACCGAAUGGGUCGGAGCUCAUCCUGGAGGUGAUGUCAUUCUCCGCGCUGCCGGAGGGAGCAUCGACCCCUACUGGGAUAUCUUCACCAUUCACAAAUCGCCACACGUCUACGAGAUCCUGAACCAGUACCUCAUUGGCUUCAUCGACUCCAAUGACCUAGUCGACGGCAAGCCCGCUACUCAGGAGAUAGAAGACCCCUUUAAGCACGACCCAGCCCGUGACCCUCGGCUCAUCACCCUCACCCCCAAGCCUCGGAAUGCAGAAACGCCGCCGGAAGGCCUGGCUGACAGCUAUCUCACUCCCAAUGAGCUUUUCUACGUGCGCAAUCACAUGUGGGUUCCCCAGGUCGACGACACUUCAGACUACACCCUCAAGAUUGAGCUUCUUGACGGAUCCGUCAAGGAGUACACCAUCGAUGACCUCAAGACCAAGUUCAAGCCUGCAACGGUCGUGGCGGUACUGCAAUGCUCCGGUAACCGUCGAAGUGACAUGACCCGCCAUGCUCGGAAGACCAACGGACUUCAGUGGAACGUCGGCGCCAUCUCCUGUGCUGAAUGGCAGGGUGUCAAGCUCUCGGAUGUCCUCGCCGAUGCUGGUUUCCCUGUUCAGCAAGCCAUGACCGGCGAUUCGGAAGCAAAACACGUUCAGUUCUCAGCCCUUGAGGCCUAUGGUGCAUCAAUUCCCAUCGAAUCUGCCCUCGACCCACGCGGCGACGUUCUGCUAGCUUACUCAAUGAACGGCAAACCCCUGCCGCGAGACCAUGGCUACCCGCUCCGCGCUCUUGUGCCUGGUCAUGUCGCAGCUCGAUCCGUCAAGUGGUUGAGCCAGAUCACCAUUUCCGACGAGGAGAGUCACAGUCAGUGGCAGCGCAAGGACUACAAGUGUUUUGGCCCCAACGAGACAAGUCCUGACUGGGAUCGCGCAGCGCCCAUUCAAGAGAUGCCCAUCACCAGCGCCAUUACAACUGUCAGGCUGGGUGACUGGAAGACGGUGGAGAAGAACCUGGCAUCGGGCUCGAAGAAGGAUAGCGGCCGCGAGGCUUCUCUUAGGGGAUACGCUUAUUCCGGUGGCGGUCGCAGGAUAGUACGCGUUGACGUUAGCCUUGACAAUGGCAGCACAUGGGACCAAGCCGAGCUACUCGACGACGAACAUGAAGCCGCCCCGUCCAAGGCUGGCCACAGGUCAUGGGCCUGGAAGCGUUGGAGGUACGAGGGCAUCAUGCCCCUUGGCGAGCCUGGUGAUGAGGGUAAGAGGUGCUCUACUCUCCUAGUCAAGGCGACGGACGAGGCGUACAACUCGCAGCCAGAGAGCUACGAGGCCAUCUAUAACCAGCGAGGCAACCUAGCCAACGCCUGGCACCGUCUAAAGGUGUGCUCCGAAUGUACCAGCCAAGCCGCAGUGGCUGCCAAUUGA